AUGAUGGACAUAGGUCGUAAACACCUUCUAGACACCAGAACCUGCCGCUCCAGCCCACUCGCCACCGUCUUGGGAAUGCCCACUGUAUCUGCUACCUCACCAUCCAAAUACAUUGCCCUCCUGCACAAACUCCCAGAUGACACCAAGCCGAAGCUAUGCCAGAUGCUGGGAACACACGGCAGGCAUGCCAUCAUCACCAUGGUCCCACCGACACAUGCCAAAUUUCGCCACCUGCUGCCCAAGAAGCUCCAGGAUGCUAAACAAGCAUUUGCAGAGAUGGAGAGAAUGAGUAUUUGCAGGAAGGCAUCAAGCCCAUGGGCAUCCCCACUUCACAUGGUGAAAAUGCCAGACUGUUCCUGGAGGCCAUGUGGGGACUACAGUCGAUUGAACCUGGUGACAAUGCCUGACCAUUACCCCCUGCCAAACAUGCAGGACCUAACAGGAGCCCUACAUGGCGCCAAAAUCUCUACUAAAAUGGAUCUACUGAUGGCAUGGUGUACCAACGACAAUUGGAAGGUCCUGCUAGGACUUCAAACAGCACCAAAAGCAAACAGCGAAGAAUCUCCUGCAGAGAAAGUCUACGGGGAAGCACUGGCAGGACCAGGCGAAUUCUUCCCCACAGAACCAGACGACUGA